UGAACCGUUUAGAGACACACCGCUACAGCUGUGUGUGUGUGUGUGUGUAUACGUCUGCGUGUAUGCGCAGUAAACAGGAAUACGUCUCGCCGCGUCGGACAAUCUAAAGCAGGAGGAUUUAUCUAUAUCGAGUCGCGUUUUUUUUGUAUUUAAUCGUAUUUAUUUAUUUUAAACCGGCUGCCUUUUUGUGGGAUUUUUUCCCCCCUCCGUGACGUUUGGAUUGGACUACCUUUCUGAAGAAGUCUUUUUGUUGGGAUUUAAGCAGACAAGACCGAACAAGACAAGAGAAGCGAGUGGGAUUGUACUUUAAGACAUGGUGGCUUACGAUGAGCUGGGUAGCCUGGUUCCAACCAAACGCACUCUGCAGGUGAUCGACCACCACAACCAGUGCAACAAAGACAACGAGGAGCCCAGCAGUAAGCGCGUGCGUCCUCUGGGGCGUGUCACCUCUCUGGCCAAUCUGAUUUCGCCGGUGAAGAGCGGGGCCGUCAGGCGCUUCGGCCAAACCAUCCAGUCGAUCUCGUUCCGGGGCGAUGGGCGCUCCCCCCCAAAGCCGUGCAGCAAGGCGGCGGCCCCCACCCCUCCUAAGCGCCGCAACAGCACGCUCUGGUCCGAGACGCUGGACAGCAGCCAGAAGGGAUGCUUCUCCGCCAAGGAGAUCAAGAGACAGGAGGCCAUUUUCGAGCUGUCUCGAGGAGAGCAGGACCUGAUUGAGGACCUUCAGUUGGCGCGCAAGGCGUACCAUGAUCCAAUGCUGAAGCUGAACAUUAUGACCGAGGAGGAGUUGACGAUCAUCUUUGGCGAUCUCGACGCCUACAUCCCUCUCCAUGAAGACCUGCUGACAGAGCUGGGCAAGGCCACCAGAGCCGACGGCACAGUGGGGGAGAUCGGCCAGAUCGUGGUCAACUGGCUGCCAGGUCUGAACGCGUACCGCGAGUACUGCAGCCGGCAGCUGGCCGCCAAGGCCCUGCUGGACCAGCGCAAGCAGGACCGCCGCGUGGGCGACUUCCUGCAGCGCUGCCUGGAGUCGCCCUUCAGCCGCAAGCUGGACCUCUGGAGCUUCCUGGACAUCCCGCGCUCGCGCCUGGUCAAGUACCCGCUGCUGCUCAAGGAGGUGCUGCGCCACACGCCCGCCGAGCACCCCGACGCCACCAGCCUGCACACAGCGAUCUCCAUUAUCCAGGAGGUGCUGUCGGACAUCAACAUGCGUAAGGGCGAGUCGGAGUGCCACUACUACCAGGAGCAGCUGGACUUCCUGGACGACAGGCAGCGCGAGCCGCUCAUCGCCCAGAGCAAGAGCCUGCUCUGCCACGGGGAGCUGCGCAACAAGAGCGGCACGAAGCUUCACGUGUUCCUGUUUAACGAGGUGCUGGUGCUGACGCGGCCGGUGACGCGCAACGAGCGCCACUGCUACCAGGUGUACCGGCAGCCCAUCCCCGUGCGGGACCUGGUGCUGGAGGACCUCCAGGACGGGGACGUGCGCAUGGGCGGCUCCUUCAGGGGCGCCUUCAGCAACGCAGAGAAAGCCAAGAACAUCUUCCGCGUUCGCUUCACGGACCCGUCGCAGGGCCAGUCGCACACGCUGCAGGUCAACGACAUCUUCCACAAGCAGCAGUGGCUCAACUGUCUGCGCAGCGCCAUCGCCGCACUGCCGCCCGCCCCCACCCAAACCCCCACCAGCAACAACAACACCACCGCUGAAGACGCCACAUCAGUCACCUCUUCUGACACCCUCUCCACCACCUCCUCCGAUCCCGAGACCCCCACCACCCCAACGACACCCCCUUCUCCCCCGGCCCAGCAGCCCGGGUCUGGGGCCAGGUCCAAGCGCCGGCCCACCUCAUCUUCAUCAUCUUCGUCGUCGACGUCAUCCUCCUCCUCUUCUAUGGAGGCGGAUGAGAACUGUCCUCAGGGAACUUCCCCCUCCUCCACACCCCCACCACCCGCCAUCCUCCCCACCUCUGACUACUCUUCAGCUUCCUCUUCCUCGUCUUCGUCAUCAUCCUCUUCUUCCACGACCUCCGCGUCACCACGCAAGGCCAAGAAGGAGAGGCGGUCCAUCUGCUCGCUGGGGAAGAGGAAAGAGACCAUGGUCUAAGGAAGAGUGGAUUUGGGGGAAGAAAAAAAGAGAUCCCCCUAUCCAUCUUUUUUUUAAAAAUGAACUCCUCACUGAAAAAAUGGACUCCUUCCUCUCAGAAAGAGGCGUUGGAUGGAGACUGAAAAAACGUACAGAAGCGGGUGGACUUCUAAUUUAUGUUCUAUGUGUGUCUAAUUUGUCUAUGCGCACAUAUGCCUUCCAAAGUGUGUGUGUUGUGAGAGUGUGAUCUUCAUACAGUGUUCCGUCUUUACUGUACUGAGUGGCAGCUAUGCUUCUCCCCAUCCCUCAAUACCAGUUUGGCAGUAUUCACACACACUCACCACGGACUCAAGGGAAUGAUUACAGUAACACACACACACACAACCUUACACACUCCAAACGUGUGUAUAAUGUGUGUGUAUAUGUGUGUUGGUUUGGGUGCAUGUGUGUGUGUCUAGGGGUGGGGAGGGUCUUUUGUAUGUAGUCUUUGUUUACUGUUUAAAUAUUUAUGUUUUCAUUUUAUUUUAAUUUUUUGUUAUUUUUUGUAAUUAAAGUUUUACCAUUUUUUUCUAAGAUAUUAUCAAAAUCAGAAAUUGUACUGUAGCUCUUCGCGGUGUGUUAAAGAAGCACUGUGGUUUUUUUGCCUUUUUCUUAAAAAAAUGAGGUAACGGGUGAAAAAGGAGCUGGUUUUGAAGAAAAGAAAAAACUAAAUCAUAAUUAAUAUUUUUUAUUUUUUAUUUUACAAAAGUCUGAUUCUACUGGAAGUCAAGUCUUACCACAUUCCCCAAAAAAUGAUAACUGCCAGCGGAGUAGCUAGCUUCAUGCUAGCUAGCCCCAUUUUAAUCUGGCUAAUUCGGGUUUGUUACAAUUAAUUUGAAGUGGGGUCAAUUUAAAACAUUUUAUUUCAAAAGAAAGCAAUGUUUUGUCCUGUAAACUACAAUCUGAGCCAUAUUCUGGGGACAAAACCCUGACUUCUACCACAGAUUACACAUGCACACUUCUGAGGUGGACACUUUUGUAGCAUACACCACAGCUGUGUGCCAGUUAGCACAACUUGUUAGCGGUAGCAUGUCCAAUAGCAUUGUAUAGUGCUAGCAUUAGUGCUACGAUUAGCAUGGACGUUUGUAUUGGGCAACCUUAAAGUUGCAUUGUGAAAGGAAAGUAGGGAUUAGCCGAAUGUUUGUAUAGAUGGUUUUGAUGUAUGUGAAUAUGAAAAUAAGAUGGACAAGAUGUAUGUACAGGAAAAAGAGCAGAUUGACUCUGAGGCGGGAUCAAGCAAUUUGAACAGCCAAUCAUGAGUGAGCCACACAUCUCUGAGUGAUUGGUCAUUGGUCGAUCCUGCCUAGAGUAAGAAGGGAUGAGGCACUGGUGAAAAGCCAGUGAGAAGAAAGGAAACGGUAUGUUGGAAUGGUUUAACUAGAGUAGAAGAUGGAUGUCGAAGUGAUGUACAAAACAAAUAUACACCCUUUUUGUGUAUAAAAAGUGCUUGUAUAUAAAAAAAGAAACACAAAAUGGAACGAGAGUGAUGGCAAAGAAAAAACUGUUUGCUGUGGGCCUUUUGUGUGUCUGUGGUGUAAGACAAACCCAAUUGUUGUAAUAAAGGCGAAUGUAAGAUUGACAAACAAGCCUCUGAGUCUCUC